AUGGUGUCCAUCCCGGCAGAAUGGCAGAUCAGGGGCCUCAGCGAUACGCGUGAGGUCAUCAAUGCGGUCUUGCCGGAAGACGCUCCGACCACAGCUAGUCUUGUGGCCGGGCCGAGUCUACCGGACCUGCUACUGGCAAACGACAAGGCGACUGCUCUGCUUUCAUCAAGCAAAGCCCGCUCGAUAUGCACCUUACCUGCUCACGAGAUCGUAGAAGCCAUAAGGAACAAGCGACUCACUUCCGUAGAAGUAACGGAAGCCUUCCUGACCAGUGCAGCUAUAGCACAUCAGGCUACCGGCUGCCUUUCCGACUUCUUCCCCGACGAGGCGAGAAGGAGAGCUCAGGAACUCGAUGCUAAGCAAGCCAGGGGCGGGACUCUUGGUGUGCUGCAUGGCUUGCCCGUCUCGAUAAAGGGUCACAUCUUUCUGACAGGCCAUGGCAAUCAGAAUGGAUUCGCAUUAGACGUCUUGAGUCAAGAAGCCUUUGAUGGACUUCUUUCAGAUCAGGACAGUCCACUCCUCCGCAAUCUUAGUCCAGCUCACAUUGCUCUCAUCAAGGCAAGAGGUCCCCGCAUCUCCACAGAAGAUGGCCUGCUAGCACGCAUCUUGCGAGACCAAGGCGCCGUCUUCUACUGCAAGACGACGAUGCCCCAAUCGGUCAUGCACCUCGACACGCGCAGCAAGCCCUUUGGCCAGACGAUCAAUCCUUACAAUCUCGCGCUAAGCGCGGGAGGUAGUAGUGGCGGCGAGGCAGCGCUGGUCUCAGGCGGAGGAUCCGUUCUGGGGGUUGGAACAGAUAUCGGCGGCUCGGUCCGUCAGCCGUGCGCAGUGACGGGCCUCUGGGGCCUUCGACCGACGUGUGGACGCUUGCCUUCGACGAGUUCCCUCGCGCCUACCCCGGGAAAUUCGAUGGUGGUCUCGACGAUCGGACCUAUGUGUCGCUCGCUGAAAGAUGUCAUUCUCUUCAUGGCGGCAGUGCUGCGUGGUGAGCCUUGGAAGCUGGACCAUAAUACCUACCGCCUUCCCUGGCGCGGAGAGGUGGUGCGGACGCCGAGGAAGGGUCGUCUGCGCAUUGGUAUCCUGAGGCACGACGGGCUUGUCCGUCCCAUCACUCCCAUUCGACGCGCUCUCAGCAGUGUCACGUCGCGGCUCAGAGAUCGGAAGGAUGGCAGCGCAGAGAGCGUCACCGAUAUCGAACUUGUCGAGGUCGACGCAGGUGACCUGCAUGCCCGUGCCUGGACUCUGAUCCGCUCCCUCUACUACGUUGACGGUGGCGCCUUUACUCGCUCAGUUGCAGCCCUAGGCGGCGAGCCUCUCCUCCCUCUCACCGAAAAGAUUCUGCAAGAUGCAAAGGAGAGGACGGCGCAUGAGAUUUGGGAAUUGACAAUGAAGAGAGAGUCGAUCAAGAAGGAGUACCUAAAAUGGUGGAACGAGUUGCGGCUGGACGCGAUGCUUUGUCCUGCCUCAGCUACGGUGGCUCCGAGACCAGGGACGAUCAAGUACUGGGGCUACACAUCCGCCUUCAAUCUCUUCGACCUCCCCUCCCUCGUCUUCCCCACAGGCAUCAGCGUGAAUGCAGAGGCAGACGUAGCGUUCGAAGCCUCUGAGGUCAGUGACGCUCAUUCAGCCUCAAAGGUCAAGAGGGAAAACACGGGCGACUGGGAUCGCGAGAAUGAGGAGGAGUACGUGCGCCAUAGAGACGUGUACGAGGGAGCGCCCGUGGGCUUGCAGCUGGUUGGUAGUCGUUUUGAAGAGGAGGAGCUCAUACAAGUGAUGCAGGUCAUCGAGCGGGCUCUGUAGCGCCAGCAAAACUGGAUUCUCUCAUUCACUAGACGAGACUUGUAUUGUUACACAGAGGGCAAAAGGUGACGCAUCGGAAUAGCAUUCAGCACUCCUCAGAAGCAGCGAGUGAGCCUCGGAUCAGGUAACCCUCAUGGCUCUACACUAGGCCGAUUGUAGUCGGAGAGCGAGGGGAAGAGCCUGCAGGAGAAAUGUAGAGGAACUCACAUUCAUCAGCUUACAGGCCCGACAACGUCUAGUACCUUCUCUCUUACUCACCGCAGGGUUAUCCGUCGUGGCUAGUAGCUGCACAGUACUAUUAAAGCCCUUUAGUCCUUUACUCCACCUCGACUCCUGCUUCUCCAAUGCCCGCCACAUCUCCGCCCCCAGCUCCACCGGCUUGUCCUCGC